CGUUACUUGUUGAUUUCUAUCAGUCGUAGUUCUGAUAUUCAACUGUGAUGUGAAGUGAAUACUACAGGCACUAUGAUCGCCCUAACUACGUUUGUGGUGUUGCUAUCCUCUUUAAUAACAUUAUUUUUUGUCUUUGUUAGACAUAAAUUAAGCUAUUGGAAGAACAAAAACGUGCCACACCCAAAGCCGCAUUUUCUUCUGGGGAACUACGCUGACUACAUCUUACUGAAGGAAUCCUUGAAUGAGACAAGUGUGGACAUUUGUAAGCAGUUCCCUAAUGAACCCAUAAUUGGUACGUACUUCGGAUUACAACCCAAGCUGAUAGUGCAAGAUCCUGAACUGAUCAAACUCAUCUUGACUAAGGACUUCUAUUACUUCAAUGGCAGAGAACUUUCGACACACAGUCACAAAGAAACGGCUACGAAAAACCUCUUUUUUCAACACGGAGACAAGUGGAGGGUGCUCCGGCAAAAUAUGACGCCUCUAUUCUCCUCCGCCAAAAUGAAAAACAUGUUCCAUUUGAUCCAGAACUGUGCCAAGCAAUUAGAAAAGUUGUUGGACGAAGAAACAAAAGUCUCCAACGAGGUGGAAAUAAGGACGUUGAUGGCUCGGUUCACAAUGGACCGCAUUUGUUCGUGCGCGUUUGGAGUGGAUGCCGAGGUGAUGGGGAAGGAACUCAGCAGUAACCCCUUCAGGAAGAUAGCUGAUGUUCUACAUGACGUGUCCGACUACAGGGGCUUUACCAUCGUGGGUAGAAUCCUGUGGCCAACACUGUUCUACGCUCUAGGCUACACACUAUUACCAGAAGAGUCCAGCAAAUUUUUCGACACACUCCUGCGCAACGUUUUCGAAACGCGAAACGGGAAACCGUCGCAAAGACAAGACUUUGUCGACUUAUUCAUGAGCCUAAAGAAUAACAAACACAUCACGGGCGAUGCUAUUAAAAGCCUGAUAGAACCUGGCUCUGAAAAGGUGUCUUUGGAAGCCGAUGAUAGUUUACUGGUCUCCCAAUGCUUCCUGAUUUUCGCUGCUGGUUUCGACACGUCUUCUACCACUGCCUCUUUUACUCUGUAUGAGCUAGCGAAGCAUCCUGAGAUACAAGAAAAAGUCCAUGCUGAAGUCGACGCAUAUUUGCAGGCAAACAAUGGCGAAAUAAACUACGAAUGCAUAAACCAACUACCCUAUCUCUACCAGUGUAUAGAGGAAGCUCUACGUCUGUACCCAGUUUUAGGUGUGAGCACACGAGAAUUGUACGACAACUAUACAUUACCAAAUGGAGUGACGUUGGAGAAAGGAACCGGCAUUUAUAUACCAGUGUACCAUAUGCAGCGGGAUGAAAAAUAUUUCCCGGAACCGGAGAAGUUUAGACCGGAAAGGUUUUCUGCAGAGGAGAGGUCUAAAAUCACGCCGUAUACGUACAUUCCUUUUGGUGAAGGGCCUAGAAUAUGUAUUGGUAUGCGAUUCGCAAAGAUGAACAUGAUACCGGGUCUGGUAUCAAUCUUCAGGAAGUUCCGAGUAGAGCUGGCGGCCGGGACGCCGACCACGCCCGUGCUGGAGCCCAAGUCCAUAUCAACUAGCUUCAGAGGAGGGGUGCAUCUUAAACUCAUCCCGAGAAAAGGUUAGGGAGUGUGUAGAAUUGAAUUCGAUUGUGUACUUGUUUAAGCGUAUGUAAUAAAAAUAUAUCUUA